AUGGUAUUCUACGAAUGUGUUCUAACGGCUAAGAAUACGGCUCAGGUUGUCAAAGGUGGUGGUAUUGUACGGGGUAUUCAUAAUCACGGUAUUCGCGAUUUGCCCCACAGAUUUCAGGCACGGUAUGCCGACAGCCAAGGCAACCGCUACUACCAAAAAGGUCGAUUCAUAUCAAUUUAUUAUGAUUCGAAUCCCACCACAAUGCGUCAAGUAGAGCAAACGCUGUCUAUGGACGAAAAUGUGCUGCGGAAUACUCAUUUAAAAGCGCGGAGCGUUUUGGAUUAUGUUAACAUUGCACGAGAAGAAAGGAAUCCGUACAUAAAAAAAGUGCACGGGAGCCAAAAACUCAAAGCCAAGGCUGUUCACGAGCGGAACGAAACGGUGGAGAAAGUAAUUGAUGACAUGCGAACGGAUGAUGUUUAG